CGGAGGAAGCGCGUCCCGGGCCAUGGAGGCUCCGUCUGGAGCAGCCGCAGCAGCAGCCGCCGCCGGCUCCACUCGCCUCUCUUCCUCAUUCUCUCGCCUCUCUCUCCACUCGUCUCUCUCGCCUCUCUCGCCUCAUCCUCUCGCCUCUCUCACCUCCUCCUCUCUCGCCUCAUCCUCUCUCCACCGCCUAGACAAUAGCGAACUACUCAAGCAAUUGGCCGCCGCUCCGUUGGCGUCUUGAGUGCCCGACCAAAGGGACCUGACUAAUUGAGUUGAGCAAGGCAGUGAUUCAUUAAAGAGAGAGAGAGUGCGAGAGAGAUCGGCUGACAGAGCGACUCUCUGACUGAGCAAGGCAGUGAUUCAUUAAAGAGAGUGCGAGAUCGGCUGACAGAGCGACUCUCUGACUGAAGAAAGCCAGACUCACAGACUGACACAGCCAGCCAGAGGACAGCCAGAGGGGACCCAUGGCUUCCACUGUGAGCCUGGCUGAGCUCGCCGAUCUGGCCGUGGGCUCCCCCCAGGCGGGAUGCGUCGACUUCACUGCCCUCCACCGCCUGCUGCGAGCCCUGCUGGCCCAGCUGCAGCUGCAGGAGGUGCGGGUGGUGGGCGGCCCAACGCAGCAGCAGCAGCGGGAGGAGGAGAACCCCGCAGGUCCGACUCCACUCCCAGCACAUCCCAGCAGGCCGCCCACGGCGGGCAAGAGCCCCGCAGGGCUGGAGGAGAGAGUCCACGGGCUGGAGAGGCGACUCGGCGUGUUGGACGCGCUGCCUGACCUCCCCGAGCUGCUGGAUGGGUCCAAGCGAGGAGGAGGAGGUGGUGGAGGUGGUGGUGGCAUUGGCGGUGGUGGCAUUGGCGGUGGUGGCAUUGGCGGUGGAGGCGGGCGUCCAGGGCCCGUGAGGGACAUGUGGCAGCUGCUGCAGAUCAACAAGCGUCUGGAGGCGAACGAGACGGCUGUGAGCAAGGCGAUGUCCCUCUUGCAAGAGCUGCUGGAUGACAUCAACAGCCUCAAGUCAGCCAAAGAAGUUAUGUUGGAGAACAUCCGAAACCUGCGCGAUCAGCAAGAAUCAAUAAAUGCAAACGAAUUAAAGGAGCGGAUGGCUGCUGUGGAGGCUUACAAGACGAGGAUUGAUGAGCUGGAUAGAAAUUUGAGAGAGCAACAAAACAAACUAGGCCUUCUGCCAAGCCCGGAGGAGUUCAGGAAUUGUAUCACGUACAAAUUCCUCCAGGAGACCUUGGUCCCAAGGGGUGGCACGUUACAGGAGGCGCAUGCCACUGAGAUUCAAGCGCAGCACAAAGAGGCGGCGCAGGCUCUCAGGGUGAUUGGGCAGCUUCCCAGGCUCCACGGGGCUCUGGAGAUCCGCGUGGAGGCACUGGAGGCCGAUUUGCAAUCAGUCCCCAACAAGAGUGAGAUGGAGGCGUUGAAGCGGCAAUUGGAAGACCUCGCUUCAAAAAACAUCCCAGACAACCUCCUGCAGCAGCUGAAGGCUCUGGCAGAGGACCUCGGCAAACUGAACGGAGAAAAGGCAAAGGACGCAGAGGCGCUUCGACUGCUGCAGGGGGCCUUACGGCAGCUGCAGGCCGACUGCGAACGGCUCGACAGCACCACGGCCCUACUGGAGGAAGACAAGGCUCAAAAACAGCGGCACGUCAAUAGAUUGUUUGAGCUUGUGGAACAGCUGGAAGAGAAGAAGGCAGAUAAACAGCGAGUGGAAAUGGAAAUUGAUGUGAAAGCGGACAAGCUGGCGCUGGACGGGAAGGUGAGCCGCGCGCAGUUCGACGAGACGGCCGAGCGGCUGGGCGCCAUGGUGCAGGAGCUGCUGAGCAAGCUGGCGCUGCACGAGCACGACUGGGUGAAGACGCUGGAGCGCCUCACGCAGGAGAUGGACUCCAAGCUGGACCGGAUGGAUCUGGAUCCGCUCAAGAAGCAGCUGGAGGACCGCUGGAGGGCCUUCAAGAAGCACCUCCAGGAAGGGCCCAGGAUCGAGGCUGAUGAUGCCGCUGCCUUCCGCAAGCAGCUGGUGGCAAGGUUCAACUGUCUCUCCUGUGACCGGCCAGUGGAUUUGAUGCCAGGACCGCAUAUGAUCACCUUACCAGCUACGCAAGGGUUUCCGCCGAGCCGAUCCGUCCGGCCUUACACGGUCUACGACGUCGGACACAUACGUCACAAUGCCAAGAGUGAGAAGGAGCUCGCCGAGUAUGCCUACUGGGCGUCAGCGCGACCUUGCGGGGGCAGCCACACGAUGACGUACACGGCCCGCCGAUUCAACAAAGCUCAGAACCUCAACCAGAUCUACCUGUCCCAGUCGGUGGAAAAACAGCAGCCCUACACGAAGGAAGGGGUCGACAUCAUGGGCUUGAAUGGGCAGAUUUACAAGGGAAGGGCUUCCGGUCGCCUCCCUGAUCUCCAGCCUGCUCAGCCCACCGAGGACUUUCCCACUGAGGACGCGAGCGUUCAGAUGGCAUACAGAGGAAGCCGGAGCACAGUACAGCGGAGGAACAGCGGCGGAGCGGAAGUGCGGGCCGUACCCACGCGGCCCCAGAGCGCUCGCCUGCCGACGAGGGCACGGGCAGUUUCGGCGCGGCCCUCGGUCCGCGAGCGGCCGACCACCUCCCUGGGUCGCUUGAGCGGCGAGCGGCAGGCAAGCGCGGCCACGCUCCUAAUGCAGCCGUCCGCCACCGCCGCCGCCACCUCCUCACUCGCGCAGCACCGGCAGCAGCAGCGGCAGCAGCACCAAGUUGACGGAGCCUCCAUCGCAGUCAGCAUCCCCGCCGCACCAGCCGAACCGCCAGGCUCGCCAGACACUUUGCAGCAGCAGCAGCAGCAGCAGCUUGUGUAAGCGACGAGCGGACGGGAGCCAUGACAUCGUCCCUUCACCGCUGCGGUUUUAAAACAGCACGGGGGCCGGAGCUACGCUCACGCUGGUUGCAAUGUUGUGAGCGGUGAAAUCCACUCGAUGUCAUUGUACUCCUGGGCAGGUAUUGGAGAUUCACAAUGGUCGGCAACGUCUAUGAUCGGAGGCUCUAAAUGCACGUCCUGUCAAAGCGGGUCAUUUGAGUUGGCAAAGAAUAACGUGAAGUGGCUUCCAGUGUGAUACAAACUAGAAAAUAAUUAUUGUUAAAAAUUAAGGCAUUUCCAUAUCGGUAACUUUUCUCUCCCAAAGUGGAACAUAGCCAUAGAAAAGAAAGCUCUUCCUGAUGAAAUACAAAUUAUUGCAGCUGCUGUUUUGGAGCUGUAGAAUAACUUGUGAAAGAGUCAAAAUCACGUGGUUUGAUUCUUGCAGGCAGAUGCCUCAACAAGAAGGGUCGCAGCACAAAAGGCCGUAGAUGAUUAUAGUUCAUAGUUUCUAUAGUUUAUAUUCUAGAGAAGGGUGAAAGCACGAAGGGCUGGUAAUGAGUAUAGUUUGAGAGCCGCAAUCAAAGUAGAGCAGCAUAAUUUAUUUCAAAUAAGAAGUGUAAUGUCUGUCUACCAAAGUAAGAACCACUAAAUACAGUUUUAUUGCAUUCACAGUCUGAAUGGUAUUGCGACCUAAGGACGCCAAGUGGCACGUGACACGAUGAUGGUGUUGGGUUAAACCGUUGAGAAAAGCUGGCAUCUCCGUGUCGGGUCACUAAAUGUCACAGUCGGUGCAGCCUUUUUGCCGUGUUUGUGUUCAUGAGCAUCUCCGUUCGUCCAGCAAGUUCCUCAACGCAAAGGGCUUGGCGUGUCUGUGCACACGCAAGCCACAAUCAGUCAUUGCAAGGCAAAGGCCCAACGAGAAGGGAUGAACCAAACUCACGUGCGGCAAUAUUCCCACGUGGAGCGGUGCCUGAUCCUAGCAAAGGGGACAAUGCCCGUGCAAGGUGUAAUCUGGUGUAUGUACGUGUGUGUACGUUGAACUUCUUUCGCACCGUACGAAGCCAACCGUGCUAAUCGGAGGUGCGGGGGAAGAGCGUUCCAGACGAUCGCAGAAGCGCAUCUGGAAACGCCGCGCGAUGCGGUGGCUCUGUUUGUUCGAUGGCAGCAGCCAGAAGCUGCUGCAAGGAUGAUCGGAGUUCGCGUGACGUGCUAGUUACUCCAACUCGAUUUGUGAAGUAUUUAUAUAAUGGGAUACAUCAACUUGAAUUUUAUUAAACACGUUAAGAUGUUUAUGUGAUGAAAGAAAACUACGAAGUGCCUAAAGGUGUCUUGAAAAAGCCAAUAUGCUGUCGCGUGUAUACUGUCAUUGUAAACGAGUAUUUGACAUUGUAAAAUUUAUGGUGGCAAAAAGUUAAUUCCAUAUUCACGUGUAAGGAAAAUAUAUAUAUAAUAUAAAUUUUUACAUAUGCUAAAAGUAGUUUUCUAUUAAUAGUUUCCCACCUCCCACCCCCGUAUUGUGAUGUUUUUGAAGCUUUUUUUACAUCCAAUUGUAUGUCGAUACACAUUCGAGAGCAUAAUGCACUUUAUGGUGAUGUAUCAAAAUAGAGUUUUCACGCUUUACCCACAUCGGUUUUCGAUUUACUUUAGUGUGUAUAGGGUGCAGUACUUCAUGGAUAUGUUACUGAUAAGCACACGUCUUUAAAGAAGUGUUUUUUGUUCGCCAUGGAUUCUCCUACCAAAGCAACGUCCAGCGGUCUGUCCGCUGUGGUUGGUGAUCUACACAAUGAUUGCACGGUUUCACGAGGGAAGAAGGGGGAAUUGCAGUAAAUUAUAUCAUUGUGGGUGGUAUUGCACAGAUGUACAACAGCUCUCACAGUGCUGCCUGCAGUGUGGUACUGAGGCAGCAGUCGUAGUCUUGAGUCUUCGUCGAGUAGGGAACAACCUAUGGAAUUAAAGUAUCGUCUUAGUCGUCCAAAUAAUACAUUCUGACUAAUAAAAUAAUUCUCACGGCGUCAGACGCUGUCUUCCCGACAGACCUGUUCUUCACCUGAGGACGGCUGCUUGCGUUGUGGCCGAAACGUCGUGAGACUUAUUUUAUUACGUUUUAUUUUUAUUAUUUUAUUAUUUCCCUUCUACGUGACUUUACUGAAAGAACCAAGAAGAUGAAUCCCUGCAGUCACGAAAGCUUUAAAUCGAAACAAUCUGACUAAUUGAAAACGGGACACUUCAGAAUCAUAAUAGUUAUUUAGACGGCAGGAGGAAUCCGAUGAGCUAUAAAUUUUUUUUUACAGAUGUCCAGUAAGGGGGGGGGGGUAAGAACGUUAGAACGACAAACAAUAAAAAAGAACACGAUCGUAGUGCAAAGUGCAAAAUAGGUAAACAUCACCCAAACACAAGAACAACACUAAACCAUCGCUAUCCCAUGAGGCGAAGCCCACUCAGGUGUUACAUUAUUUUUCAGAAGCGACCUGUCCACAAAUGAUAGCUCAACAAAGUGGCUUAUUAUUUGGACAUUUAUAGCAGCAAAUCAAUCUAAUCUCAAUGAAUGAAUUCUUAGUCCCAUAAAAAAGAAUGCUACGACACGUGGACACGUGUUGGUUAGUCGGCAUUUUUGGUUUCAUGAAAUCCUAAGAUUUGACUUGAGAUUUUACUAAGAUUUCCACAGGUUCUCAGAGACUCGACAAAAACUCAAGACAGUACAACUCUUGACAUCCCUUGCAUCUGCACGAUUCAACUCGAUUUUGUUUGACAUUUUAGAUUGAGGAUAUACUGUACACGUUUACAAAUUGGAAUGUCUUACCUUUAUUUGUUGAAGUUGAUUAAAGCUGAAUCAAUGUUC